CAUGUUUAAAGUCAAGUACUAAUGACAAGCUGGGACAGCUAGGGGUAGGUACAUGUAGUUUCCUAGCUACAUAAGGUAAGUGUAUGUAUAAGUUGUUUCUAUAAGCUCAAAAAAAGAUCAAGGCCAACAUGCUUCAUUCUUCACCAUCAACGCCGCCACUGCAAGCGUACUUGCGUUUUUCUUCAUUCCACAAAAUGGCCUGGAUCAGCCAUUCGCAGUCUUUUCCCGCCUCUUGGAUUUUCUUCACAUGAAUACAUUAUAUUAUCUUUAUGCAUUUAGAUUGUUUCUCGUUUUGUUACGACUUUCUUUCCGUAGAAGUUAUGGUAUUCAAAUACAGCCGGGUAUCUUCCCUUUUCUUCACUACUUAUUACUUGUCAACUUUGGAAUAUAACAGUCGGCUGGCCCUACUAACAUCCCAACGAUAACCCCAUGGCGCUUAAGCACAGAGAUGAAGAGCAAGCUUCCUCUUUCAGCGACAACCAUGCAGGAUUACUCUACAAGUCUCUUGAGCAGUAUAACCAGGACCAGAAACAGAAAAAGCGACCUUCCUUUGUUCUUGCCGCUAUUAUAUUCCUCUUCCUCUCGUCUGCGGGGGGGCUUUCCCUUGCGAUAGUACUUAUGGUACAGCCGACCGAGGUUAAAUUUACAUGUAUAUCGCGAGACCUGGUAUUAUUCGCGUCCGCAAUAGCUCUACUGUAUAUAUGCCUUCAUAUCAGAGGAGCCAGGAAGAAUUAUAAGAGAAAGGGAUCCGGACCGCCCCAAAUCUAUGGGCAUUAUCUUCAUGCCAGCGCACUUCUUAUUGCAAGGCUUUCUAUUGCCAUAUGGAUAGCUGCUUUAGUCGCAACAGCCGUCAUGGUCGCAAAGCCAGUCCCUUCAGACGGUCUUACCAGAAUAGCACCUUACUUGAACUUGGUAAUAUGUGUCAUAGCAAUACCGUCAUCUUUUGUUAUAUCGGCCAGCAUUGAAAGCAAUCCAACCCCUUUCGCAACAAAGGGGGUAUCCAAAAACUCAUUUUUGAACGGUCGUGCCAGCCAGUGUCCUAGUGAUCUAACCGCAGAUCUUAGUGUUUCUCGCAGGGCUUCGUUACAGAGGAAAGAGAGUAGUAGUGCUUCUAUAGCUACGGUGCCUUCGGAGGAAAUCUUCCAACUCGGCAAUCCUAAUGCAAUCGGAACUGCUAGAAAAAUUGCAAGCCAACUCACUAUAAGAACCGGAGACAUACCUAACGACAGGGCAGAUCUUGAGCUUAUGGCAAAUUCUCCCAUCGGGACAACCUAUACCACCCGUACGGGCUUGGGUAAUAUGCCUCUAUCGUCUGCUCCGCGCGGGCUGAAGGUUCCACAAAAACUUUCAAAAUCUCCUCCUCAGCCAGUAUAUCACCCUGGUGCAUGGCGAACCGAAUGGAACGACAUUACUAAACAAGCCGAAGUACCAAGAACAAUCAAGACAUGUGCAGAUACUUCCAGCGCGGACCGCUCUACUUACUCUUCCACGUCUGAUCGCGCAUCCCAUUCAUGGUCGCUAUCGAAAAGUUCCCGUGAGACUAGUAAAGGACAUCGUGCAACACCGAGCACCAGUAUCACGAGCAGUGCAAAUCGCUCUCGACUUUCAACAGUUAGAUACGCCUCGCAGCCGGAAGUUGCUAUCCGACAAGCAAUUAGGGUCAUCAAAAACCCCAACUACUCACCUGCUAUGAGACCUGCUACCGAUAAGGACCAAGACGUAAUCAGACCACCAGAGCCGGUUGUGGUGUCGAGAAGCGUGCAGACAACUUAUGAUGAUGUUAAGCAGCCGACAUUGCAACGUAUACCAUCGAACUUUUCCCGCCCUCUACCGCCGUCGAGGGGUUCAGAAGCAGACUCGGCCAUUGAGAUGAAGAUACCAGGAACAUUCACAACGUGAAAUAUUAUUAAUGUAUAUUAUAAAGAUUUUUAGAGAUACCAAUAUCCCGCGCACGAAGCAACGUACUUCGGAUUAUAAUUGAAUAAACCGAUUCAACCCGUUA